UUGCUUUAUUUGGGAGUGAGGGUUGAAGGGGCAAGUGGGUGUGUGAACAGCUGAGGGGUUCGUUGCUAGUUGGCGAGGGUGGUACUGGUGGCGGCGGCGGCUUGGGCUGCUGGCUGGGCGCUGUUGCUUCCGCCGCCGCCGCCGCUUUUGGCACUGCAGAUCGAAAUGAAGGUGCAAAAUCAGGCGGGUGGUGGGAAAGGAAAGCAAGGGACAGGCGGGGCUAACAGAGGUCUGCAGAUCGCCGCAUGCAUUAACUCACACACACAGCCCGAGCCUUUUGCUGCCGCCUCAGUACAGCGCGGAACCUGCCUCGCUAACUCAUGCCUCCCACUAUCAUGAGGAAGAAGAAAAAUCCCUGGAAGCUUCAUUUGCUGUGCGGGCUGCAAAGCUGAACGAGACCAACGUGGAUUUAUUUAUUAAUUUGGUUCCCAAACCCCAGAAGGGGAGGCGGUGAAGAAGAAGAACUGACAGCCUGGUAGAGGAGGGAUUUUUUAUUUUUUAUUUUUUUGCAAUGGCUGGAACUGCUCUCCUUUAGCGGCAAAGGAGCCAAGGGACACGGAAAGGAGUAGAAGAGCCAUGGCUGCACUCCCAGCUUGCUGAAAGGCGCUGCUAGAUACGCGCGCGCGCACACACACACACACGCACGAACACACAGGCACCCCACACCACCAGAGGCUCGCACGUCACACACACACACAACUCCUCAGGCACAACGAGGCAGUUGCCUCCCGCCCGCUGAGGCUGUGAGGCUCUUGGCGCUCGCUGGCUCGCUCUUCUCCGCCCAUGUGUCUUCUCUGCUGCGUCCUGCUAGGCAGCAGAGGCUGUCCAAAUGAGGGCGCCGCGGGGAAGGGACUUGGUGGUUGCCUGUGAGGAUUAGGCGCGAGGCAGGGAGGGUGGGGGAAGGCACUGGGGUGGGCAGCAGGGGCUAUAAUUUUCUUGUUGCCGUUCUCCUGCUUCUGACUGAAGGAGGUGGGGGGAGAAGAAGAGAGGGAGAGCCUGCCAAGGAUGCCUUUGUGCCCGGUCCUCAGCAGCGCUGAGGGGAGGAGAAGAAACGGCGCCAAGCAGCGACUGCCCGCCUGACUGCCUGGACUGCAGCUAGUUUGCGCGGAAUCCAGCCUUCACCCCCCUCCCCCUCCCCUUUCCAUAACUUCCAGGAGUGGUUUGGGAGGGCACGGCGAGACUGCUGCGCGGCAGUAAGGUAAACCUAAGAUGGUACUUCCAUACCUGGGCUCCUGGUUUUGAGUGGGUAGAACAGAGGAGAAAGGAGAGUUUAUCCCUCGAGAAAGGAGGGGAGGUGGAAGCGGUGGCCCAGAAGAGUAUAAAGGGGAGUGGGGUAUUCGCAGCGCGGGAAGAGAUAGAAAAGAGGGAAGGAAAGUCAAGGGGGGAGGAGGGGAAGAAGAGAAGAGCAAGGAGGGGAAGGUGGUAGAGAACCAGGGAAGAAAAGAGAGGGCAGGAUCCUACCACUCCUCCCCCUGCAAACUACAGAUUAGUGACUCUGGCUAGCCCCUCUGUAUUAUGUCUGCACUCCGAAGGAAAUUCGGGGACGAUUACCAGGUAGUGACCACUUCCUCCAGUGGCUCAGGCUUCCACCAGCAGCAGGCAUCAGCCCAUAAGAAGAAGCGCCAGCGCUUCGUGGACAAGAAUGGCAGGUGUAAUGUGCAGCAUGGCAACCUGGGCAGUGAGACAAGCCGCUACCUGUCGGACCUGUUCACCACUCUGGUGGAUCUCAAGUGGCGCUGGAACCUCUUCAUCUUUAUCCUCACCUACACUGUGGCCUGGCUUUUUAUGGCCUCCAUGUGGUGGGUCAUUGCCUACAUGCGGGGUGACUUGAACAAGGCUCACGAUGAGAAAUACACACCAUGCGUGGCCAAUGUCUACAACUUCCCCUCGGCCUUCCUUUUCUUCAUAGAGACAGAGGCUACCAUUGGUUAUGGCUACCGAUACAUUACAGACAAAUGUCCAGAGGGUAUCAUCCUCUUCCUGUUCCAGUCCAUCUUGGGUUCCAUCGUGGAUGCAUUUCUCAUUGGCUGUAUGUUCAUCAAGAUGUCCCAACCUAAGAAGCGAGCUGAGACACUGAUGUUCAGUGAACAUGCUGCUAUCUCCAUGAGGGAUGGCAAACUCACCCUCAUGUUUAGGGUGGGCAACCUUCGCAAUAGCCACAUGGUCUCUGCACAGAUCCGCUGCAAACUCCUCAAAUCUCGGCAAACGCCUGAGGGUGAAUUUCUCCCCCUCGAUCAACUUGAAUUGGAUGUAGGUUUUAGCACAGGAGCAGACCAACUUUUUCUUGUUUCACCACUUACAAUCUGCCAUGUGAUCGAUUCAAAAAGCCCCUUCUAUGACCUUUCUCAACGAAGCAUGCAAACCGAACAGUUUGAGAUUGUUGUCAUCCUAGAGGGCAUCGUGGAAACAACUGGGAUGACUUGUCAAGCACGAACAUCCUACACAGAAGAUGAAGUUCUCUGGGGUCAUCGAUUUUUCCCUGUUAUCUCCUUAGAAGAAGGAUUCUUCAAAGUAGACUAUUCCCAGUUCCAUGCAACAUUUGAAGUCCCUACGGCACCUUACAGUGUGAAAGAACAAGAAGAAAUGCUUCUUAUGUCCUCCCCUUUAAUAGCACCAGCUGUAAGUAACAGUAAAGAAAAGCAUAAUUCUGUAGAAUGUCUAGAUGGCUUAGAUGACAUUGGUACAAAGCUACCAUCCAAACUUCAGAAAAUGACUGGAAGGGAAGACUUCCCUAAAAAACUACUAAGGAUGAGUUCCACCACUUCAGAAAAGGCCUAUAGCAUGGGGGACUUACCCAUGAAACUUCAGCGAAUAAGUUCUGUUCCUGGCAACUCAGAAGAGAAACUGGUAUCUAAAACCACAAAGAUGUUAUCAGAUCCUAUGAGCCAGUCUAUGGCGGACUUGCCACCAAAACUUCAAAAGCUAUCAGGAGGAGGAGGUAGAAUGGAGGGAAACCUCCCUCCUAAACUGAGGAAAAUGAAUUCUGAUCGAUUUACAUAACAUGAACAGAACUUUUAGGUAUUAUUUCAUGUUUGAAUGGCCAACCAACCCAGUUCGAGCAGGAAAGCAGACACAUUGAAAUUGUAUCCAUUGACCAAUUUUUCUUAGACUACAUGCACACUGGCACAAAGCUCUUCCCUGAGACUGAGGACUAUGCUGGAUUCUACAAUAAAAGAUCAGUUCAGUUUGGGACCAUACGGAAGCUAAUGAGCUAAUAUUAAUCGGCAUGUAAUAUCACCACAAGCAUGCAAUAAUAGUGUGCAAAUUUUGCAUAUAAUUUUAUGGCAUGGUUCUUACUAUAUUUAUACUGUAUAUUCGGGUGGGGGCGGAAUGUAAAUGAGGUGUUACUCUCCUAUAUUUCUUAAGCAUUAAGUCAUGGGUAAAACAUAAGUGGGUUACUUACAGGGCAGAUUAUAGGUUAAUUUAUAAUGGGCACUAUCCAGCCAGACAUAAACGUUUUGGGCAUGACCUUUUUGCUUGCUGUAUCCUCUCCACCACCCACAGACUCACACAGGUGAGUUUUCUGCUGCCAAGUCCCCCUCCUGCAGUUGAGGGGGAGCUGCUCAGGAGAAAGGUUGAGCACACAUGGACUGAUUGCAUUGCCCCUUUUUAAGACUUAAGCAAGCUCUUAAAUCUCUUAUAUUUCAGUCAAUGAGGCUUUUAAAAAAUGUCUUUCACUUUGGCGGAAUCAUGCCUAGAACUGUUUUUUCUUAUGUAAACUGUAAUGUUUUGUUAAGACAGUUAUUGUGCAUGUUUGAUUUGUUAAAAUAAGGCUAUAAUUAAGAAUUCUGAACACCAAAACUUGUAGCCUUAAGCUCCUUAUUUUGUUUGCUUUAACAGUCUCUCCCCCCCCCCUUUUGGGGACCCUGUACUUCUACUAUAUUUUUUUAAAACACCCAUAAAUCUUAGGACUGGGCAAAAUAAUAUGCCAACAAAAGUUUCAUUUUACACACAAGGCGUACUGUUCAAAGAGAGUCAUUGUGACAGAUGCUUAUUUCAUAUUUGUUAAAAUAAGUUUGAGGUAAUAUUCCAAAUUGAAAUGUGUUCUUGAUUUAUUAUGCUGAUUGAUUCACUUGGGUAUGUAAAUGAUCAACUUUGUACACCAAGUAGAUUGAUUUUUCAAUAUCUUGACUCCAGUUCUCCAAAUGUUAGAGUAAUGAUGGAUUCAAAAACUGAGAACUUCAUAAAAGAUGCUGUAUAUCACCUGUAAUUUCUUGAAGAGGUAUUUCUCUAUAACUAUGCAUACAUGGUUAUGCCCAGCAUUACCAAUACUCACAGGUUCUUGGCAUCGAUUAUAACUAGGGAUGUGCACGAACAUGUUCGGAGGCCCUUUUACGGGUGUCCGAACAGGUUUGAACCCGGGGCCAGUUCGAAGUUCAAAGGCCCCAGGUGUAGCGCUUUAAGUGCGGGGGAGGGUGCACUCACCCCUCCCGCUGCUCCCCCCUGCCACUCCCCCCCGCCGGUGUUCAUUACUUUCCGAAACCUUUGGGGCGGCAGCAUACCUCCCUGCCGCCCUGUCCUUGGCCAGAAGUGGCCAGAAGUAGCGGAUGCAUGUGUGCUUGUCAUGUGUGUGCAUGCACAUGGCAGACAGGCGCACGUGUGCAUGCAUGCCCAGUACUUCUGGCCACUUCUGGCCGAGGAUGGGGAAGGGGCAGCAGGGAGGUACACUGCCGCCCUGAAGGUUUUGGAAACUAACAAGCCUCGGCAGGGGAAAAGCGGUGGGAGGGGUGAGUGCACUCUCCCCCGCCCUUAAAGCGCUAUCCCCACCACCUCCGAACAGCAGAGGUGAGGUUCCAUGCACAUCCCUAAUUAUAAGGUUAGCAGUUAUCAGAAUCUGCUUUAAGACUGCUUGUAUGAUAACUACUUCAGUAUUAGAUCUUGCAGUUUUGGUAGUUCAGGGUGCUUUUUCACAUUACCAACAGCCUUCUCGGGCAAUAAGUUUCAAUGUGAUCCAAUGUGGCUUAAAUCCUUCUCAUACAUGAAGGCAAAUGAAGAGAAAUACUGACUAUGUGUCAACACUACAUCACCAGAAGAGGUCCAGGCUGAGUGCAGUUUCCAUAAUGAACAUGAACUUCUACCACUUGGUUCACAUAAAGUAUAAGAAAGCACCUUUGCAGCCCAGUCCUAAACCCAAAUUAUCUUCUAUAAGAAAAGUUUAGAUCAGAUGCAGCAAUCCCAAAUCUGUGAUAAGGGCCACAUCUCUUACACAGUACAACCACUGAGGUCAAUGCAACAUACACAAGGAGCCCUUUCUUACGGUCAGUGAGGAAGGCCUUGAGGGUACGAGGGAAGGAAGCUUUAAAAAGUUUACCUCUCCUGCAGAUGAUCCCUGGUUUGGGCCUGGGCUCACUCAGGUGUGCAGCUGCCUCCUCUGGCAGUGCGGAGGGUGGGGGAUGAGACGUGUUGCCCUGGCCUCCAGAAAUCCCAUACCAUACCACGCAAGAGCACAGUGCAUUAUGGGGAUUCUUGUGGCCCUGGCCGGGAGGCUGCUACUGUGUCACAGCCAUGUGGUGCCAUGUGGCACUGACACACAAUCAUUUAUCCUGGGUUAAGGGUGUGCUUGUGCCCUUAACCCUGACUUAGCAGCAGGCCUCUUUGACCAUGCAGCUCCCGGCGGUUCUUACGAUCCACCAAGACCAGGCUUGGCUUCCUUAGCUCAGUUUUGGCUGAUUGUAAGCAUCACCACCACUUACAAGUUCUUGAAAAUACAGUUCCAUAGCAGAAGUAUAACAACUUUGCACACAGUUUUGCUCAUAAUAAAAUGGCCGAGUGAGUCAAAAGUUCCUAGGAGAGAACUACAUAGCAAACCUCAGUUUCCUGGUUUAGGAUUAGGGUUUUUUAAUUCCAACUCCAGAGGUCAGGAUCUAGAGUUCUGUCCAGGUGAAAACUGCAUUUUUAGGUGCUUGGAUAGCGCUGCUAAGACUUAUGAGGAUCCCAACAGAUUCUCCUGCACUCUGCUCAGUUUUCUAGAAUUGCACAGCAAUUCAUCCAUGGUGGAGUCACAGAAUAUUUAACAGAUCUCUUGAGGCUGCUUUUGCCCAUUCCUAGCUGGGAGCCAAUUUAGCUAUAGAAAGCACAUGCCUUUGGGUUUUUGCCAUCUUAGCCAAAGCAGACUUGAAGCAUUGAGUUCUUAGUCUUUCUAGAUGAGCAGGAAACUUGCAGCUUCAAUUAUUUUGUUGAAUGCAUAUAAGUAUAGACAGAUAAUGUUAAAAAUCACUUGGGAAUCACACAGUCCUGAGACACUGCAUAAAUGCACUGAAACAGGAGCCACAAUACCACCCAAGCAACCCAAGUUGCCCAUUUUAAAAGAUAGAAUAAUUCCGUUUACAGUGUGCUGCACACAUAAGACAUCAGGGAUCCAAGUGAAUCAUGCCAGAGGUGCCUGUAGGACAAGAAAAAAUGUUUAAUAAAACCCAGAUGGCUUAAUUAUGGAAAUUGUACUACAUGCUGCAAGGGAAGAUAAAUAAAUGUAGUUACCAACUAAUCUGACCAGGGUGAAAUUCCAGCCCAGUAUGGGGAUCUGUUAAGCCCUGAGCAUGCAUAACAAAGGUUGUCUAUGAAGUGCCAGGCAAAAAUGCUGUUGCAAAACUGUUAGGGCAGGAUCCAAAGAGAUACUCCUAGCUGAGCCCAAAGGUUUGUCCCUCCCCCCGCCCCGUGCCCCUUUAAACAGCAGAUUCUCAUGCCAUAUCAGAAACUUCUUUUGAAAUGAACCUCAGCUUGCCAUGGAACAUGAGGAGCUGCUGUUUGAGAAAGAGAAGUCCUUUGAGAGUGUGGAGCUAGCCAUGUGGCUCUGUGAACUUUGGCCUUAUUUUACUGCCAUGGAUUUGAGCCAAAAGCAGACAAUGCACACAAUCCAUUCAAAACUUAGAAAAGAUUGGAAUUUGCAUUCAAGUCUUUGAAUUGCAAGCAGGUUUCAUGUUUUGUUCUUGGAAUUAACAUGAAAGAAUGCAUAAAUUACGGCAAUAAUGAGAAUAUAAAUAUGCCAAAUUUAAUAUUGUUGCACUUUCCUCCUGCAAACCCAAGCAAACAAAAUUGUUGAAAAACAACUAAAUCUGCAAACUAUAAAUGUGAAUUAUUGUAAAUAGCAUCACAAUAGAAAUAUUUCCUUGUGAGAUUUCCCCUAAAUUCUUUUAAGGCCAGUUGGGGACCUGAUUCAAAUUAGUUGGUCAUGUUGGCUGACUUCCUGACUAACACUGCACUUGUGUAAGGACAUUGCUCUAACAAAAGGCUGUUGUGCUAGCUAGUUGCACUAAGAAUGGAGUUUGCAUUCCAAACUAAUGUUGCCCUAGCACAAACAUGUUCACAUUAUGCAACAAGGUGUGCAACCUGUGGCAUGCUUUACAUGUUUUGCAGGGAACUUUUGUGCAGUGCAACUUUGAGCAUCCCUGUGAUUUUGCACACACAAGAUUUAUUGCAGCUCUGUUCAUUGUGCAAGUGCAGUAUUAGUCAGAAUGUUUGCCACUCUCUCUUAUCCAUGGACACAAGGUGUUUGUUCUAAUUACCUUAGUAAUGAACUGAUCAUUUGUUAUAUAUGUACUAUGUACUGAGGGCUGAUUCUAUACAUGAAUGUACAUCACUAUCUCAUCACUCGCUGACUAACAUUUCAACUUAUGAACUGCUCCACAAUUUAAAGUUUUGGCUUGGUCCAAAAAAACCUGAGCAGUUCCACUUGUGGAAUGGAACUUUCCUACCUCCCAUUCCUGCUGCAGUUCUCUGCAUUCCCAGAAGAGCCAGUCCUUAGGACUGUGGACCCUCCAGAAUAACAUGAGAUGUGACAAAGAGGCCUAAGGCAAGAAAGGAAAAUUGGAAUAAAUCCAUUCCUUUGCGUGAGCAGAAACCCUCUUCAUGCUAGCCCUCCACUGGAUCCAAGACAUUGAGGUCAUUCUUACUGUCUUCUACCCAAGUUUGGGAGCUUUGUGUGCUCCCAAUUUCCAGUUGUAUGGAAGCAAGAUAAGAGGAAAACCUGGGCAACGUAUGAGGAAAAGCUACCCAGGUUUUCCUACUACCUUGCUUCCACACAGUCACUUCUACCCAAAUUUUCCUCCUGCCAUGCUUCCAUACAACUGAAAAUUGGGAGUACACAGAGCUCCCAAACCUGGGUAGAACACAGUUUUUGAUUGUGUGAAUGACCUGAUUGAGUUGUAUCCAAAGAACAUCUUCCAAAACUGGAAGAAGCUCUGUUUGUGCAUGGGAAGUGGGUUUUGCCAAUUUCCCCUUCCUUCUACAGCCCCUAGAAAUGUACUCCUAAGGAUUGGAGGAUCUCUACAUAGGAGAAGGAUACAAACUGUUGUGUUUGAGAUGGUGUAGGGAGAAUGGAGUUCUAAAUAGUAUAUAUGCUUGAUCUGAGAUAGCUCUUUCACACAGGCAAGUGAUUUCUGGAUUUCCAGUCAUCAAGUGAUGAACAUGCAUGUGCUAACUCAUUCUGACUGAUAACAAUGUGUAAUUAUGUUGAUGCAUAUUUUUAAAUCAUUCUCAUCUCUGUUCUUUCAAUAAAAAUAUUUGUCAAUAUAUAGAGAUGGUUCGUUUGACAUGUAAAACAGGGUUAAUUAAAAUGAAUAAUAGCAAAAUCUAUCCAGGUUUUCAAUUUUGUGUGAAGCAAUUGGUAUUUCAUUUUCUGAAAGUAUAUUUUUAGCCACAGAUAAUUAGGCAUUUUUUAUUUGAAGAACAUACAUUUAAAUAUGUAAUGGUUGCUGAUUUCCUAGUUCUAUUAGCAUGUCUGUCUCAAAGGGCUCUGAACCAUUUAAAAUGAACAAGUGGCCAUUUAUAGCUCUGUAUAAAUCAACAAGAGUAACAGCAGAUCUACCAAACCUGUAGAUUUUGUGACUUAUUAAAGGUAGUGAAAAACGGUUCUAUAUCUCUUGAGAAAUCCAUUCAACUCCAACUACUGCAGGGAGCUGUUGUGAUUAUCACAUUGUACUUGUAUGGGCUUGAUGUUUUCUUUCAACUUGGCUUACAUUGUUUAACAUUUGUUUAUUGAAAUGCAUGCUUUUAGACUUUUCAUCCAGUUGUCAGUUCAUUGCACACUGUGAGCCCUUCCCCACAAUCAGUGAGAAAGGGCUUGGGGCGUGCAGGGAGGAAGCCUUGAAAAGCUUAGCUCCCCCGCAGAUGAUUCCUCCGCCUGUGAUGGGCACAGAGAUCGCAUGCCCAGAUGUGCAGCUGCCUCCUCUGGCAGAGUGGAGGGUUGGGGGCCGAGAUGCAUUGCAUUGCCCUGGCCCUGGAACUCCCAUAAUGCACUGUGCAAGUGCAUAGUGCAUUCUGGGGAUUCCCCCGGCACUGGUUGAAGGGCUGCUGCUGUUUUGGUGCCACGCAAAGUCAUGCAGCACCGACACAUGAUCAUUUAGCCUGGGCUAAGGGUGUACUUGCCCCCUUAACCCUAGCUAACAAAAGGGGCUCUUUGGCAGAUUUUCCACUGCGCCUCUGCCUGGAGCCACGUGGCUCCCAGCGGUUCGCAUGUGCAGGCAAAACCAGGCUUGGCUUCCUUAGCCCAGUUUUGCCUGCACAUGAGAACAGCCUCUGUGUCUAAUUCCUGGUAUGGUUUUCUAAAAGAACCAUACAGAACGUGCAUGAUGACCAAAAUUCUACUGUGUAACAGGAUAAAUUUUAAGUUCUUGUUUAUGGUUUCUUCGCAUUCAUCAUUGAGAGUUUGUUUUAAAAGUAUGUUUGAUUUAUGUGCCAUGCCCAGAUUUUUAAAAAGAAAAGAAAAACCCCUGUAACAUCAGUUCUUUGAGAACUGUAGCAUUCUGCGCUUCAGCAUGGAAGCUGGACAUUUGGUGAUAUUUGCUCGUCUCAUUAUCUUUAAAUACUAACUUGAUCCACCUUCAUUAUUGAACUUGUGUAUGUUCAACUGUAUAAUCAGGAACAAGGUUUGCAUAGAAUAAUAGGAGUACUCAUCUAUAAAGUACAAGGUUAUCUUUAUGUGGUGCAAGAUAACUAGUCUAGCGCAUUGAAACUGGAAGGAUUGUAUUUCUGUCAUGAUGAAACAAAAAACUUCAACUUUGAUUUAUUCAAACAACAUGUAGUGUUAAAUUCAAAAAUAGCUUUCUCUUUUCCCUGCUUGAAACAAUUGUUCAACCAACCUUAUGAUGGUUAUGUCUGGCUGUGUCUGCAUUAUGAUGUGUAUCUAGAUUAAAUUAUCUAGAUAGAUUAUCUUUGCUUUUUAAUCAAUGCAUCAAAACUAAAAGAGAAGUUGUAAAUAAAUUUAGCACUCUCUCAUUUUUUUAGCAACUUUCUUUUAAUUUUUUUUCAGUUAAAAGUUCUUUUUUAAAAAUUGUCUAGCAACUUAGUCCAUUAUUAUUUUCACCCUAAUGCUUAUGCUACCAAGACAAUUCUGUUGGACUGCACAGCAGGUCUGUGUUUUUGACUGCUGAAUUUAUGCUUGAACUAUAUUGUAAAUUGUACAUAUUCAAAUUAGAAUAAACUAAUUGCAUUUUCUGGCAUGCAAUCUAUAAUUGUAUAAAUGUACAAGUUUAUUUGGAUAAUAUAAAAUUAAUGAACUCUUGUACUCAUUAAUACUGCAAGCUCAGUUUUAUCUAAAGCUAUAUUAAACUUUCAAAGAAAUAUUGGAUUUAAAUGUCA